AUGAAAUGUUUCAAGUCUGUUUGUAAGUUGUGGUUUUCUCUUAUUUCUCAUGAUCCUCACUUUGCUAAUUCACAUUUUCAACUUAACUCUGCAACACACACUCGUAGAAUUCUAUUAAUAUCAUAUUCAACUCAUGAAUCUCUAUCCCUCGAUUUUGAAGCAUCGCUUGAGGAUGACAAUGCUUCUUUUUCACUCAACCUUGAUUCUAUCUUUCCAGAGGAUUUUACAGAUGCUGAAUAUUUCUAUGGUUUUGGGUACGACGAUUCAACCAAUGAUUAUUUGGUUGUUUCAUUGUCUCGUAUUGAUUCAGGAGAUCCUCCGUUACGCUUGGAGUACUUCUCAUUCAAAUCUAAUACAUGGAAAGAAGUUGAGGGUCCUUACUUCCCUCAUGGAUUCCAGGAGGAUGAGCCCAAAGGUGGUUUGCUCUAUAAGGGAGCUAUUCAUUGGGUGGCUUAUCGUUAUGAUUUACAAACUGAUGUUGUUGUUACAUUUGAUUUAAUGGAAAGGAAACUUUCAUAUAUGCUUUUGCCGACUGAUUCUGACGGUAGUCGUUUGGAGUGUGGUUUAUGGGUUUAUGGAGAAUUUCUCAGUGUAUAUACUAAGUAUUACUAUAAUCAUACAGUUCAAAUAUGGGUGAUGAAAGAAUGCAAAGUGAACUCCUCUUGGACUAUGGCUCUUGUUUUUCCUUUGUGUUGUACAAAAAGUGAUGAUAUUAUUGGGACAGAUGGUGAAGAUGGACUGGUGAAGUACGAUAAAAGUGGACACUCUCUGGAGCAACAUUCUUAUCCUAAUUACUAUCUUAGAUGCGAAUUGACUAUGUAUAUAGAUUCUUUGCUUUCACUCCCUGGUGGUGAUGGUGACAACCAGCAAGCUUAG